AUGUUGAUAAUUCGACAAGUCAACAGUCAGUGAGCGCAUUUUGAGCAAGAGACACGCAAUGGCGCCUACUCUGCAUCUAAUUUACGCUAGUCCCCCUGUACGAGCUGUUUUAAUGACGGCUAAAGCCAUCGGAUUGACUUUAAAAGAAAAUGAAAUUAAUCUUUUUGGUGGCGACCACAUGAAGCCGGAAUUUUUGAAGCUUAAUCCCCAACACACUGUGCCAACACUUGUCGAUGAUGAUGGUUUUGCAAUUUGGGACAGCCAUGCAAUUAUCACUUACUUGGUUUCAAAAUAUGCCAAAAAUGAUGCUUUGUACCCUCAAGAUGUAAAAAAGAGGGCAGUGGUUGACCAAAGGUUGCAUUUUGAGUCGGGUACUGUCUUUGUCCGGCUGUUAAAAAUCACUAGGCCGAUACUUUUCGAAGGGAAGACCACAAUUGAUCCAAAAGAUAGAGACAAUAUUUUGGAAGCGUAUGGAUUUUUGGAUGUUUUUCUAAAUGGGAAGCAAUGGGUUGCUGGCGAUUUUAUCAGCGUAGCUGAUUACAGUUUAGUGUCUUCUAUCAGCAGUUUAAAUGUACUAAUACCCAUUGAUGCGCAAAAAUAUCCCAAUGUGGUUGCGUGGCUGAAAAGAAUUGAAGCACACUACUAAUAAGGCCCUUAUAGUACACAGCCACUUUUAAGGUAGUUAAAAAAAUAAAAAAUAUCAAGCAAAAUAACCCGAUUUUCAAGGUAAUCUAAAAAAAAGUAAAUAUUUCAAGCAAAAUGACCCAAUUUUCAAGGACAAAUAGAAAAGUAGAAAAUAUUGCGAAAAUGACCGGAUUUUCAAGGGUAAAUAGAAAAGCAGAAAAUAUUGCGAAAAUCAGGCACACUUCAUUUUUUUAAGGAAAACACCAUAAUUUUCAAUGUAGUUAAGAAAGCUAAAAAUAUCAAGCAAAACACCCUGGUUUUCCAGGUAGUUAAAAAAAGUAAAAAAUAUCAAGCAAAAUAACCCGAUUUUCCAGGUAGUUAAAAAAGUUAAAAUAAUCAUUAAAAUACCCCCGAUUUUCCCGUGUGCUUAAAAAAACAUCAAAAUUUCAAGCAAAACACCCCGAUUUUCAAGGAUAAACAAAAAAAAGCAAAAAAAACCCGCGAAAACACGCCCGAUUUUCAAGGGUAACUAGAAGUAAUAAAAUUCGCUACGCUCAUGAGGUCUUCGUCCGAAUUUUAAACAAAAUAGCCUGUUUUUUCAAGACAGUUUGGGACACGGCACUUUUUAGGGUAAAACACCCCGAUUUUCAAGGUAGUUUUAAAAAGUUUAAUUUUCAAGCAAAAUAGUCUGAUUUUUCAAGGGUAAAUAGAAAAGCAGAAAAAAUUGUGAAAAUGUCUCGAUUUCAAGGUAGAUAGAAUACUUAGUUUUCUUAAUCAUUUUGCUUUGGUUUUAGGUCCGGUUAUAAAACACCCUGUCUAAUAUAUAUAAUAUAUAUUUAUGGGCUUUAUCUUUUUUGAUAAAGCCCAUAAAUAAAUGGAAAUAGAAUUAACACCAAUCAAGUUUAUCAUGAAAUUCUCUUAUAAAUUCUUCUGAUAAUUCCUGAUUUUCUGAAAUAUUUUUCCAAUCAACUUUAUCAUGAAAUUCUCUAAUAAAUUCUUCUGAUAAUUUCUGAUCCUCAGAUAUUGAAAUCCAUUCAACGUUAUCUUGAAAUUCUCUAAUAAAUUCUUCAGAUAAUUUUUGGUUGGCUGAUAUUAAAGUCCAAUGAACUUUAUCUUGAAAUUCUCUAAUAAAACUUUCGGAUAAUUUUUGUUCGCGUGAUAUAAACACCCAAUUAACUUUAUCUUGAAAUUCUUUUAUAAAAUCUUCAGAUAAUUUUUGUUUCCAUGAUAUAUAAUCCCAAUCAACUUUAUUUUGAAAUUCUCUUAUAAAUUCUUCUGAUAAUUCCUGAUUUUCUGAAAUAUUUUUCCAAUCAACUUUAUCUUGAAAUUCUCUAAUAAAAUCUUCAGAUAAUUUUUGAUAGCGUGAUAUGCAUUUCCAAUCAACUUUCAGUUGUUCACUGAUUGAUUUAAUUUCUUUUGGUUCUGUCAUUUAUUAAAAAAAAAUAAUUAUUAACUAUUAAGUUUGAUAUGAAAAAUUAAUUUACCAAAUUAGACGAAUUUCAAAAAUUUAUUCAGAUGUUUAUGUGCUACUUCUGGAGGUCAUUUUAUAAGUAUAAUGACACUAACUUUUCGAAGUAAUUCAAUGUGCUCAUUUUCAAUUAUAUCAAAUUUAAAUUCUUCCCCGUUUACUUUACAACAAAGAGUAGAUAUUCCAGUCUCUUUCAAAUUUAUAAUUAUGUCACCUUCCAUUUAAAAGAAAAAUUAUUUAAGUUUAUUUAGUAAAAUCAUAAUCUUAUCUAUAAUACUACAUUUAAUUUCAAAAAUAGAUAAAUCAAAUUUAUACGAUUUUGUCGUUUGCAAAGAUUCAUGAUACUCGUAGUAAUUAUUGUCUUUAAAGAAAUAAAUUUUUCCAUUAAUAUAUCUAAAGGCUUUAUCAACAUUAGAAGGAAUACUAGAAAACAAUUCAGCUAUCAUACCAUGUUUCUUAGGUCUAAGCAGACAUUCAUCAAAUUGUAUAAACAUUGUGUUGUCAUAAAAUAUAUAAGUUUGACCAAAAUAAGUACUAAAUAUUGCAUUAAUUUUCUUUCCACUAGGAACACCCAAACUUGUGAUAGAUCUUCCAUUAUAACCGUUUUUAACAACGAAAUUAGGAAAAUCAAUAAUAUAAUAUAAGUUGUUUGUUGUUAACAAAAUAGUUCCAUCUGGUCUCUGAUAAAUUUGUGAUAUUUCUUGAAAAUUAUCUGGUAAAAAAGUUAAAUAAUCUGUAAUUAAUUUUGGUUUAUUAUCAUAGCUCAUGUCUUUUAAAUUAACAAUCCAGACAUAUUUCUUGUAGAAAAUAUACAAUUUAUGAUUUGCUAUUAAAAAUGUGUUAAUAGUUUCACUUAAGCUGCAUAAAUCAGGUAAUGAAUCAGUCUUUCCAGGAGUCAAAGUAAUAGGUUUUUUAGUUGUGGUAGAUGUAGUAGUUGUGGUAGUUGUAGUUGGUAUUGAUUCAUAUUUUGACCGUUCAGGUAUUCCGUAUAAAUAUUGAAUUGCCCAAAUAUCAUCUUGCGUUAAUUUAUCACCAUCUCCUUUAUAAUAAGCAUACAUAAUUGCUUUAUCAUUGGCAGAAUGUUCAAUACCUAAAGUAUGUCCAAUCUCAUGCAAUAAUACCGUAUAAAAAUUUGUUUGUCCGUCAGGGGUAUUACCUAGUUCUCCAAAAUACCAGUUUUCUGAUUUAUCAAAAUGAAUUCCUAGACAUUCAUCGUUAUUUGGAAAGAAUCCAUGUGCUAAAAUAUUACCUUUCCCAUCGAAACUGUUAGAACAUACUCCUUUUUGACACCGGGAAUUAUGAUUAUGUUGAAACGGCAUAUUAGCAAAUGAAAUAAGUAUAUCUGGUUUAUUAAUAUUAAACUCAAAUUUUAAUUUUGAAACCGAUUCCCAUCGAUCAAAUGCUUUUUGUGCUAAUUCUUUCAUUUCGUUUGUUGCCAACGAAAAAUACCAUUUAAGAUUUGUUUUAGACCAUUUGUUAGUGUGAACUCUAUAAGCAGUUGGAUUAUCUCUAACACCACAUCUAGGAGUAUUAAUCAAAGCAAGUGUUUCUUGAUUUAAAGUUCCAUCAGCAGGUAAAUUAUAGAAUUCUUGAAACUUUAUUAAUGCCUCACUGGUUUCAGUUAUUAAUGGUCCAUUACUCUCUAAAUACCCAAAUUUUUCUAAAUAAUUAUUAAUAUUAACAUCGCCUUCUGUUCUGGGCUGGCCGUGCCAGACAUCAUCUGAACUUUUUACAGUAGUGAAAAAUAAGAAAAGAAUAAUAUAUUUCAUUUAUUAGAGUAAAUAUCAAAUUAAACAAUUGAAAUAUCUUAUUUAAUUAUUUACUAAGGUAUGUGAAACACUUCAUACGUCGCAGACGAAUUUAAUUACCGUUUAAGCGGACUUUUUCUAGGUAUUUCUCUCUAGGAAAAUAGUUAAAAUUACUGACAAAUUCCUCUUCACGUAAAUUUAUUUCUUUUUCAUUUAUUUUAUCAGCCUUAUAUAAAUGCAAUAACUGUCUAUAAAAUUUAUAAACUAACUUAUAUUCUUCAAUUCUUUCUGAUAUUUUUAAUCUCUUAUCUAAGAUUUCUAUUACCCCCGCACCAAGAGAUAAACAAACUAGUGGAGGUAGGGCCAACGAAGAUAAUCCCGAUGCACUAAAUAAUAAUUUACUGAUAGAUAAUCCGAUUCCAAUUUUAUAAAAAUAAAUGUAACUUUUUCUGUAUACAUACAACCGUUUUUUUAAAUAUUCGACUAUGUCCUCGUCUUCGACUCCGGGCGGACCUUGCCUGUCUUCCUGAUGAAUUUGUAAUUCAGAAAAUUUUUCCAUUUAUAACAUAUAGAUAAUACAUAAUUAGAGCGAAGCCCUCAUGAGCGAAGGGAAUUUUUAACUUCGGUCAAUCUUUUUCUCAUUUAAACUACACGGAAUCUGUUUAAAAGAAUAUAAUAUAUCAUAAAAAUCUUUGCCUCUGUUUACAUUGAUUAUUACAUAUAUACAGUAAUGACCACAUAAAACAGAAGAAUUCAUUUGUAACUGCGUGCUAUUCCACGCAAUAUUUUUUCCGCUACUUAAUAAAUAUUUUUUAAUUUUUUCUGGUGGAGAUAUUCCAAAACUGUCAAAAUAUAAAAUAUUUCUUAAAUAUGGUUUGUUUAUGUAACAUACCCAGUGUGAGCCAUAACAAUUAGAGGGUUGAAAAUUAAUUAUACCUGAUUCAUCUUUUCUAAUUUUUUUUGGUAACAUGUCAAUUGCAAAAACACCUCGAAAAUUUCGCGUAGCUUCCUGAGGCAAACCCGAAUUUUUCUCAUUUUUCAUAAUAUCAGAUAUUUCUAUAUUACUUAACCCCUUUUUCCUAUCAAUUUUAUUCCUUGUCCAUAUGUCUUCGGGUUUUUCGUUUUUUUUUUAUUCUUUUUUAUACCAUCUCCAAAGGCUUUUUGUGCUAAUUUAGUACCUGCAUAACCAGCUGCACCUAAUCCUAAUGCUUUGGCUACAGCUAAUGCUGCAGGAAUUAAAGCAGGUAAAAAUCCACCAAUCUGCGUUGGAGAAAAUUUGAUAUCACAAUAUUUUUUCUUCUCUUUUUUACACUUUUUAAUUUCAUCAAUCUGAUUUUCUCUUAAUUUAAUAGUAUUAUUAGGUCUUUCUGUUAAAUCGAAUCUUAUAUUACAAUCUAUUCUUUUUUCUUUACAACUUUGGAGUUUCUUUAUUUGAUUGGGUGAUAAAUAUACUUUAUAAUCAUUCAUUUAUUUAAUUAAAUAAAACCUCGUUCACUUCAUUUCCAAAUAAAUCUUUUCAUCUAUGAUAUUCAUAUUUGCAAUUCUUUGAGAUUCAACUACGGCAUACAUAUAGUAAUUAACAUUUUGAUAAUCUUUUAAUGUCCAAUUAACUUCUAGUUCAGAUGAUUUUGUUUUACUAAAUAAAUUUUCAUCAUUUUCUUUUGUUACGUCAAAAGCAACAACUAAAUAGAGGUUACAAAAAUAUUUAUAGCUAACGCACGUACCUUCAUCCAAAUCUUUUUUAUAAUUACAAGAGAGGAAAGCGGCAUACAAGCGUUGUAAAUCCUUAUUAUUCACGUGAUAUUCAUAAGUAGGAUGUUGGGUACCGUUGAUUUUAAUAUUUAUUCUUUCUAAAUUCAUAUUAUCAAAAAUCAUCAUUGACUUGGUAAAAUUAUCGUUUCGUUCAGCUUUAGAAAAAACUAUAAAAACUCUAGAUAUUUUAUUUUGAUUAUUUACAACGCGCCAGUUUCCACUUCCAGAAGACCACAAAUUACUACGGUAACAGUUAAGCGCAUUCCAUCCACAAAGAAAGUUAGCUUUUCUAACUAAUAAUGAAGAUAACAUUUUUUCAGUUUCUAAUGAGGGUUUUACUAUUGGGAUCCACAAACUAAUAUCAGAUAUUUCAUAAUCAUAAUUUCCAUCGACUUUAGCGUGUAAUAUAUUUUUCACCCUAUUUUUACGUAAUUCAAUGCGAAUUUUUCCAUUCAAAACUUUGUUAUAGUCUCGUACAAAUCGGAAAAUUUUAGAUAAAGGUAUAAAUUUUGUAAUAGUUUGUUCAUCUUUUGUUAACAACCAUCUCUCUAAAUAUCCUUUAUUGAAUGCAGAAUUAUUUGUGAUUUUUGAAAUAAUAGUUUUUAUAUCAACGUCUAAAUCUUUAAAUUUUUCCGAUUUAUUUUGCUCAUUAUAUUUAUAUUGAGAAGUAUCUGCUGAAUCUGCAGUGUCUGGAUACCAACACAAUUGUGAUGCUGAAGUAUCCGAAACAUCUCCAGAAAAUUCAAUCAGAUUUGAAAUUAACGUAGCAACACCCACAUAAUUUGUUUCUUCUAUUAAUACCUCUUCAUAGAAUAGCCUCACAUAGUCAAAAUCAUUUAUCCCAUUAUUUGAUAUAGUUGCAUAAUUAUUUGGAUUGUUUUUAAUUUUAGAUUUGACAAAAAUAUAAGCACCUGAUAAAUGUUUCCAUCCACUUAUGUUAGUUUCCAGCGUAUACUGUUCAAGUUCUUUCACAUUGAUAUUACUUUCUCUUAUUUCAUUGUAAGUAUAACUUUUUGUUGAUUCAUCGAUUACAGGCAUUUCAUCAAUACGCCAUAAAUUGUCCACAACGCUUUCCAUUUAUUUAAAUAAAAAGGCGAAGUCUUUUAAGAAACUUAAGCAUUUGCCUUUGGCUCUUGGCUGAUUUUAUCAGCAUUCAGCAGAUUUUUAAUAAUCUCCUUUGAUUUUUUAGUUAAUCGAUUCGCCCUGCCUGUCUUAGCCUUUUUCAAUCCGUCGCCUCGUAAAUGUUCAUUCAUCGAUUUUUCUUUCAUUUUGUUUAGAAUUGGACUUAUAAUUUCUUCUUUAUAAGUAGAAAACGGCGGUGAUUUUACGUAUGUAGACGCUAUAUUUUUAAGCCCUGAAGUCACACCUUGAAUGAUAUCAUCUUUAUUAUUUUUCCAAAAAGGUUUUAAUAUAUUACGAUAUAAAAAGCCUAAUGCAGGUAUAGCAAAUUUUUUUAUAGAUUGAAAAAUAUUUCCACCUCUAAUAUCUCUAUGAUAUUUAAGACCAAACCCAUAUUGUUUCGAAAAUAAUUGUUUUUUAUGAACGACAAGUACCAUUUAUUCUACAAGAAAGACUGGCAGGACCAGCCCAGAGUCAACCAAAGGUUCACGAGGGAAUCAAAAGAUUCCGGAGUCAAAGACGAAGACUCAGCGAAGCUUCGUGAGCCAAAGGCGAACUUACUGAAUAUCUAGAACAAAAUUUAAGCACUCUCCAUUAAAAUUUAUCAACUGAUUUAGCUGAUUUGUAACGGAAAUGCGAAUAUUAAAUAUAUAAUCCGUACGAUUAAUUGGUAAAUAUUUCGGAUGCGUCGGUUCAAUAUUAAUUAAAGAUUUAGGCGAAAUAUUUGGAGUAAAAGCGUAUAUAACAUCACUUUUGAGAUUAUUUUGAUAACUAGAUGAAACUAGGGAGCAGUGAAUCAAGAUUUGAUCAAUAUCUUUAGUGAUAUUUCCAAUUUUUGUUGCAUAGUUUAUUCCUGAUUUAUAUAUUUUUUUAUCAAAUCCUAAAAGCUCAUGUAUCUUACCGUGGGAAAAGUCAAUUUCAUAGUCUUUGUCGCGUAUAAUUAGCAUAAAACGAUUAGUUGCAUAAUUUACAUCAAAAUAAAACGGUGGUGUUUCAAACGUUCCAAAAUAUUCUUGGAUAUAAUUAUUUAAUUCAUUUUCAUCGUACAAACCGUUUGGUAAUUUUAAUAUUUUCCACUCCGAUUCAUUUCUAUCAUCGUCCCUGUCUUUCUUGAUCUCGUUGUUUUUACCAGACUUGUAUUCGCUUCGCUCAUGAGGGCUUCGCCUAAAUUUUAUUUCGUUAUUUUUAUACUCUUCAGUAAUGUUAUCCCAACUAUACCAUAGACUUGCUGUUUUUAAAGCAAUUUCACCUUUUAAUCCAGAUAAAUUAAUAGGGUUUUCAGAAUAACUUAUUUCAAAAUCAUUUUCUUUAGAUCUAAUGUGUAUUAGACUCAUUUAUUCAGUUUAAAAAAGCCUGGCAAAGCCAGUCCAGAGGCGAAACCGAAGUGGACUAGUGCUCCGCAUGCAGCGUAGAGAAUAUCUUUUUGUGAUCUAAUUUUUUUAUGAGUUUUAAGUUUAACAAUUUAUCAAGUAUUUCUACGCAUUCAUUAUAUACCUCAGUUGAAUCAUUUCCUGCAUUUUUUGACGCAAUUAAUAGAUCAAGACGUUCUACCAUUUCAUUCGGAUCUGAAAAAAUCUGGCAUGGCCAGCUGAAGACCGAAGGUCGAAUACCGCUUCCUGUUUGCUUCUCAUAGAUAGGAAUUUUUUGAAUAUCUUCUAAAACACUUUUAUAUUUUUUCAACUGUGAACACACAUAUUGUAAAUUAUCAAUUUUUUCUUUAUCUUGUGAUUUCUUUGCGUUUGUAAGGUGCGCAUUUAAUGAUUUCAGUUUAGUUGAUAUUUCGGGUAUCGUUGUAUCAAUUUUUGCAUUUCGACUUCUAAUGUCUAACGAUAAUAAAUGUGAAGGUUUUUCAAAUUUAAAUUGUUUUUCAAUAAUAUCAAAAUUUAAAUCUUUAUCCGGAUCUAAGCUUAUUGAGGCAGGCGAUUUUGGAAAAGAUAAUAAAUUCGGUGCGCUCAUGAGGACUUUGUUGGAAUUAUCUGAUUCGCUUACAUCAUCGCCUUCAGCAUUCGCCUUUGGUUCUGGGCUGAUUUCAUCAGCAUUCUUCGGAACAUUUUUGUCUUCAAGUCUGGGCAGGUCUUGUUCCUCAAUUGCUAAAACAUUUUUUGGAUUCGCUUCGCUCAUAAGAAUUUGUUGUGUAAAUUCAGUAAUAUUAUCAAGUUUGUCAGUUAUGGGUUUCUGUAAUUUUUUUAUUUCUUCCUUCGUUAAAUGUUCUUUAAAUUGUUUUAAAUGGAUCCUAUUUUUUAUUAUUUCACGAUUUUUUAAAAUGGCGUCAAUUAUUUCAGUUUUACUAUCCGUAUUAGUCAUUUAUAUACUGUGAAAAAAAUAUUCCUGGAUAGGGAUUUUAAUAAUAUAAAUGAUUGACAAAACCAAUCCAGAGUUAACCGAAGGUUCACGAGGGAAUCGAAGGAUUUCGGAGUCAAAGACGAUGAACGACAUAUAUUGUUUAAAAUGUAAAGAUAAAACAGAAAAUAUAGGUGGAGAAACAAAAGCAGGAAAACGAGGUUCUAAAUAUUAUUUAUCAAAAUGUAAAAUAUGUGGAUCAAAAAAAUCAAAAAUGAUUAAUGGCCCAACAAAAAUGUUAAUAUCUGACAAACAAACGGAUUAUGGUUGGUAUAAAAAUAUAAUAACAGAAUGGCUGACAAGUCUAAAAUUUAAUUAUAAAAUAAAAAAGACAGGAGAAGACUCAAUGAAUAUUUAUAUAAAAAAUUAUGAUGAAACUAAAUUUAAUUAUGGAAUUAAAGAAGCACUGGAAGAUAUACCAAAUUACGAUGGUGAUGGUAUACAAAUAAAUAAUCCACGGCAUAUUAGAGAUAUAUAUUUUUUAAAUCCUGAUAUGAGAUUUAGUUUCUAUCAUUAUUAUCCAGAUUAAUAAGUUGGUCAUAGAGUUUCGAAAUAAGACAAAAAAAAUAUUUCUAUCACACCAUCUAGUGAAUAAUAGAGUUAGCAUCACAUCCACGAAUUCGCUUCGCUCAUGAGGGGUUUGCCUGAAUUACAGAAAACUGUAAUAAUAUUAUUUAAAUAAGUGAGGUUAUUGUGAAAAUUUUUUGAAUUUUGGGUUUCGUUUUGAAUUUCUUAUACCGUUUUGAAUUUUUUAUUUCGUUUUGAAAAUUUUAUUUUAAACUUGAUUUUUAUUUUAGUUUAAUUAAUUAAUUCGUGUGAAACACGUUAUUAGUCUAACGCGAAAGAAUUUGCCCGCUAUAAGGAUUCGAACACGCAGCGAAAGUGUGCGUAUUUGUGUUAAAUAAAUGACUGGCAAAGCCAAUCAAGAGUCAAAGACGAUGAAUACCUCUUUGCCUAUUCAUUUUAUUAAAGCCGAUGAAAAAGAACAUUACAAUGUUAAUAAAUUAGCGCCAAAAUGGCCUUUUAUAUUAAUAAUUAUAGGACGAAGCGGUUCUGGUAAAACAAAUACUGUUGUCAAUCUUUUAAAAUAUUUAUUUUUUGAUACUUUUUAUUUGUAUGCGAAAGAUUUAGAAGAACCUUAUUAUCAGUUAUUACAAAAUGUGUUUGAUGAUGAAAAAAUAUCGAUAAUUGAAUCGUAUUUUUCAUCAGAUAUAGAAGACAUAGUCGAUGUAGACGAACUGGAUAGAGAUAAACAAAACUUGAUUGUUGUUGAUGAUUUCGUAACUGAAAAAGAUCAAAAAAAAUUGAUAGAUUUAGCUAUACGCGGAAGAAAAAUGAAUGCUUCAAUGAUUUAUAUAACGCAGGAUUGGUAUAGAGUACCAAAAUCAAUUCGUUUACAAUGUAAUUAUCUUUCAAUAUUUCCAUCGUGUGAUGGUAAUGAUAUAAGCUUAAUAUUUAGAGAAAAGGGGUUGGAUAAGAAACUCAGGGAAUAUUAUGAAAAUAACAUUAAAAAUUUUGAUUGCUUAACUAUUGAUUUCAAAACUCCUGAAAUGAAAUAUAGAAAGAAUUUUACACCCAUAAAUGACUGGCAAAGCCACCCCAGAGCCGAAGGCGAUGACAUCUGAAUACGUUCUUAGAAAAAAUAGAAAAAAAGGUGGAAAAUCAACAAGAGGACCACCUGGUAUAGGAUUUAAUCUAACAGAAAAUGGCGAUUAUGAUAUCGCAGGACACAAAUUAGUUAAUGUAAAACAACCAGAAAAUCCUGGUGAUGCUGUUAAUUUACAAUAUUUAGCGUCAGCGAACGAUAAUAUGAUUAAAAAAGAUGAUUCAGAAAGCGUUUUAAAAAUUGUUAAACCGGAACUCAGUAAUAUGAUUAGAAAAGAUGAUUCGGAAACCGUUUUAAAAAUUGUUAAACCUGAACUCAGUAACAUGAUUAAAAAAGAUGAUUCAGAAACCGUUGUAAAAAUCGUUAGGCAAUCGUUAAAUUCGGUGAAUAUAAUCGCUACAAAAAGAUAUAUUGAUAUUGGUAAUAGAAGAAUAGUUAAAACUGCUGAUGCAAUUGAUAAGUAUGAUGUUGUCAAUAAAGGACAACUAGAUAUUUACGGAGAAAGGUUAAUUAAUUUGGAAACUGAAUUCAUGAAAAAAACUCAUUAUUCAUUUUUACAAUUUGUAGGAAAAAUUAAUUUUGAAAAGGGGGUUCAUGAUAAAAAGAUUAUAACUAUGCUUAAGUUUACUUUUGAUGGAGAAUAUUAUCUUAGUAUACCGAUAAAUAUGGAAGUUAUAAAAUUCCGUUCAACAGCUGAUCUGACAGAUUUAGAAAUUACUAAUAACGAAAUGAAAAAAUUUGAUCUUUCGAAGCCCUUUUCUAUUAAAGAAACUGAUUUAUUGCUUUUUAGGAUAAAAAAAGAAAAGGUAAACACAGAUGAAAAUCUAGGUGGUUAUAACCAUAAUAAACCUUAUCGAUUAAAAACUCCAAUCAGAUUUUAUAUGCUAGUCAAGUUUUCUUUAUAAUUAUCAGUCUUUGACCUUCAUGCGCAUUGCGCGUUAAAAUAAAAAUGGUAUCUCUACUGUUUGUUGUACAGUAAAUGGAUUAUUGUAAAAUAUGCAAAACCAAAACUAAAUCCACUGGAGAACCAGAAUUUAUUGUAAAAUAUAAACGCUGGAGAAGAAUAUCAACUUGCAAAAUUUGUCAAUCAGUAAAAAAUAAUAUUUCUAAAUCACCUAAAGAUAUUUUAAUUUUUGAAUUAUUUAAACCCGCUAGGAAAAAAUACCCAACACGUCGCUUUCAAUACAGAGGUAUUGAUGAUACUUGGCAUAUAGAUAUUUAUGUUUUUUAUAGACCAAAAGGAAAAGCAGAAGAUCCAAGCUAUUCUUUAAGAACAAAGACAGAGUCGAAGACGAAGCCGAAUGAUUUUAAUAAAUUUAAAAAGAUCAAUAACGGUUUUAUCUAUAUUCUAGUUGCUGAAGACACCUUUUCUAAAUUUGUAUGGGUAGAACCUUUAAAAACUAAAUCAGGAUUAGAAGUAGCUAACGCGUUUUUAAAAAUCGUACAACAAGCGAUUAAAGAUAAACACAAUCCACCGAAAAAUUUACAUGCUGAUAGAGGAAAAGAGUUUUACAAUAAAGAUAUGAGAAUCGUUUUAAAUAAGUACAAUAUCAAUCUUUAUAGUACUGGAACAAAAAAUAAAGCUUUCUUUGUUGAGAGGUUCAACCGUACUUUAGGAAAUAAAUUCAAGCCAAUAUUGUAUGACAGUUUUAAUUGGCUUUCGUCACUACCAAAAAUUAUAAAAACUUAUAACAAUUCUUAUCAUUCUACGAUUAAAAUGAAGCCAAAAGAUGUUAAUAAAGAAAAUGAAAGACAGUUAUUAGAAACCGUAUAUAUGAUUACAUUAACAAAUAAAAAACCGAAAUUUGAAGUUGGUGAUAGAAUUAGAUUGUCUAAUAUGGUUGAUAUUUUUCGUAACAAAUUAAAAACAAACUGGACUGAAGAAAUAUUCACAGUUGUAGAAAAACGCGUAUAUAAUGUUUGGAUUUAUUUUGUUUCUGAUCUUAACGGCGAAAAAAUUAAAGAGGGGAUAUACGAAGAAGAAAUGCAAUUAACAUUAUUAUAAGAAUUAUUGAAAUAAUACAAAUAAAAAUAAAUAUAAUUUUUUUCUUUUCUUUUUUUAAUUCCACAAUCUUUAAGUUUGCCUUGAUUAAUAAAUUCGCUGUGUUCAUGGACGUAUUCAUCGUCGUCUUCGACACUGGACUGGCCUUGCCAGUCAUUUAUUAACUAGAGAAAGAGUAUUUGCUAAUCGUCUUUUUGCUCGUUCUUUAUUGUUAUAUCUAAUAACAGGAUUUUUGUUCAGUAACGCGUUUAUUUUUUCUUCAUCAUAAAUAUUUACCUCUUUUAAUUCUUGUUCCAACACAUUAAUUUUAUUAUCUUUGUACUCAAUUUCCUCGUCCAUUUUUUCUAUUGUUUCAACCGCAGCAUUUCCUAAUUCUUUUAAAAUUCUGUUUUCCAUAUACAGCUGAUUGGAUGCUUUAACUUUAUUACCAACAGAUAAACUAUUAAACUCAAUACAGUCUUUUUUUAUUCUAUUUUGAAUAAUUUUUAUCUGAUUUUUGUCUGCAACAUCAAUUAGUGCCAUUAUUUAUUAGAUAGGGAAUUCAUAGUUUUAUCAAACAUUUUAUCAAAUUCUUCUUCGGAUUUUGUACUGCCAGCAGUAUGCUGAGAAUUAGCUUUGUAAUCUGAUUGAGAUGUGUUUGAUUUGUGUUUAGAUUUAAUUUGUUUCUGUUUUUUGUUAUAUUGUUCUAUGUUGUUUGAUUUUGUGUUAUGUUUAAUUAGUGUUUCACCAGUGAGAAAUUUUAUUUGAUUCCUAAUUGUGUUUUCACCAAUUUUAUUCUGUUUAGCAAACUCUUUUAAAGUAAUAUUUUUAGAAGUAGGAUCUCCUUUUUGUGCUAAAAAAUUUAACGCUAAUUGUCUUGAUCGCAUAUUAUUUAAAUUCUUAACUGAUGGAAUACUAGACUCUGUUAACGUAUAAUCUUUUUUAAUUAUUAUAUUUAUCUUUUGUUUAGCUGACUGUUCCCUUUUGGUAUUAUGAGCCAUUUAUUAUGAAAUAAUAUCUUUCUAAUAAAUGGGGAAUAAAGAUUGUCAGAUUGAUCAUGAACAAACAUCUCCGAAUAAUGAGUCGUUAUUAAGAAAAUGUUCCAUUUGUCAAACCAUAAAAUCUCAUUCAAAUUUUGUUAAAAGUAAAAAUCAGAAAUAUGGAAUCGGAUACGUGUGUUAUGAUUGUAAAAAAAGACGAAAUGAUAAAUUUACUUGUAAUAUAUGUUUUAUGGAUGUUCCGAUACGAUAUAAAAAAAGACAUUUCAAAAAAAUAUGGCAUGAAAAAUUAGAAAAAUAUAUUAACGACUUAAAAGGAUAAUCUCAUUCAUAAAUUUUUUUGAAUAAUUUUUUCCCUAAUAAAUGGGGCUCUCGAAAGAUGAGCUUCGUAAAAUGACACUUGAAGAAAUUAUAAAACUUACUAAAGGUGAUUUAAAAAAAGUGGGUGACAUAAUUGAACAAAUUAGUGAAGGCAAUUCGUCAUCGAGUUCAGAUAAGAGUUCAUCUUUGACACAUGAGUCGUCCUCGAUGGAUAAAUAUUUUUUAACACCACAAUCAAAUAAUGAGAUUGUGCUAAAUAAACUAAGUUUAAAAAAAAUAAAAGCCAUCGCAAAAAAGAUGGGGUUAAAAAACUAUUCGCAAUAUAACUCAAAGACUAAAUUAGAUCUUAUAAAAUUAAUUCUAAAAGAAGAGCUCAUCAAUGCAGGCGAUUGGUUUAAUAAAUUAAAUAGACUUAGGACCGGUUUACAGAAAGCGAAAUUAAGAUUUAAUUCAAAAUUAAACUAAUUCGAAUUAAGUUGCCAUUUGAAAUGCAUUGACAAAUGUCAAGUUAAUCGCGAUUAAAAUUUAAUUGCAAUUAAAAUCUUCUGUAAACCGGCUCUCAUCAAUAUUAAAAAAUUAAAAUCAAUUGAUGAAAAACUAGGUCUAAAGAUAAAGCAAAAUAGUAAAAAGACAGAUCUAGUGAAUCAAAUUUCAGAUAAUGCCCUCAUGAGCGAAGCGAAUUUAAAUACUGUUCUUAAAGAAAUCGGGUCGCAAAGUUUAGAGGAAUUAUUAGAGGAAACCAUGUCUAAAAACGAGUCGACUCAGAAUACAUCAAUAAAAGAAUUAAGAAAAAUUGCCAGAGAAAAGAAUAUCACAGGUUACUCUAAAAUGAAGAAGGCAGAAUUAUUACAAAAAAUUAACGAUCAACCGUUCGCUUUCGAAGAUAGUUAUUUUACAGAACUUUCAAAAAAAUCUAAAAUCAAAAUAAUAGAAACAAAAGCUGAAUACACUAAAAAAUGGAAGAAACAUAAAGUUUACUAUAAAGUUAUAUUAUUGAAAGACAGGCAAGAUGAAGAAUCAUCCGAGCCUGAUCUUUCAGGCUUAAUUAUGAAAAAAAUUACUGUCAUUAGAGAGGGAUUAAAUGAAAUGAUUGAAAUAGUAAAAGAGAAAACAAAUUUCAAAGAAGGAGAUUUAUUAAAUAUAGUAGUUAAUCACAAUGAUCUUUGGUCCCCUAUUUCCACAGGGUUAUCAAAAACUUCUGAUAUUGACAAUUUAUUAAACAAAAUUCAAAGUAUCUUAACUUCAAAUCAAGAUUUAGAUAUAUACGGUUGUACAUUUUAUACUGAAGUAGUUAAUAUACCUAGAGGUGCUACUAAUGCGAAAAGAUUGCUAAAUAUAGCAGAAGACUCACGAACAAAGAGAUGCAUAGCGCUGAUAAAAAACAAAGAUAAUUUAUGUUGUCCAAGAGCUGUUAUUGUUGGAUUAACUUAUCAUACAAAUAUUAUACUUGGUAGAGAAUAUGAUCAUAAUGAUAUAAGAUACAUAAGAAUGGGAAGAAAUUUACAAACUACUUUAGCUCAAGAACUAUGUAAUCAACUUGGGGAAUAUAAUAGAAAUUAUUUUACUUUAGAUGAUAUUGCGAAUAUAGAAAGAUUAUUAAAUAUUCAAAUAAAAAUCGUAGCAGCCGAAUGUUUUAAUUCCAUAAUAUAUUCUGGGAAUGAGAAAAACGUAAAAGUUUAUUUAUAUAAAAAUGGAAAUCAUUUUGAUACAAUCAGUAGUAUGACAGCUUUCUUCGGUCAGUCUUAUUAUUGUGAAAAAUGUGAUAAACCAUAUCAAAACAAAGACGAACAUAAAUGCAAAAAGAAAGAUAAAAUGUGCAUAAUGUGUUUUAAAUCUAAUCAUAAAGACUCUGUAAAAAGAAUAUAUUGUGAAAAAUGUAAUAGAUACUGCUUUAAUCAAGAAUGUUUAGAAAAUCAUUCAGAAAUUUGUGAAAGAUUUCAUAAAUGCUUAAAGUGUAAUAAAAUACUCAAAAGAGGUGAUAAAAUGGUUGACGAAGGUAAAAAAAUGAUUGAAGAAGGAAAUAAAAUAAUUGAAGAAGGAAAUAACAAGAAGGGUAAUCAAAUCAUUAAAAAAGGUAACAAAAUGAUAGAAGAGGGUAGUAAAGAACACAGAUGUGGAUGGGAAAAAUGUCGAAAUUGUAAUAAAGAAGUUGCAAUAUUAAAACAUAAUUGUUAUAUGCAAUGGAAACGACAAAAAGGCGGAAUAUGUGAGACAAUAAUGAAAAACGGUGAUAAAAAAUAUAAAGUAAAAGGCUGUAAAAUUUGUGAUAGAAAAGGCUGCACUGUAACAUUUCCUGAUAAAACAAACAAACAAACAAACAAAGGAAAAGAAACAUUAUUACUUAAAGACUUGGAAAAGGGUUCUGGAUAUUCCAUAACAGAUUUGCAACUUUUUACUAAAGACGGUAAAGAAAAAGCUGUAGUUACAUUGAAUAAUGAAUUUAAGUUGUUUUUACCAGAUAGAUUAGCUAAAAGGGGUGACGAACUAAUAGGCUAUAUGUUAAAAUAUGAUUUAGUUAUGACUUAUAAUGGUUUGAUAGAUGUGAAAAAUAAAGCAGGAUUUACAUAUAAAACUCAUGAUAUUACAUUUAAAAAAAUGGACAAACGUCCUGAUAAAACAAACAAACAUCCUGAUAAAACAACCAAAAGAAUAAAAUAUCACAUUUAUCAAUGUAAAGAUUGUAAAAAUUGUGUUAAAAAACCGUUGGAUGAUGAAGAACCGUUUGAAUGCCUUAAAUGCGGAUCUAAAUACCAUACAACUAAAUGCACUUACACACAAAAAUAUUUAUUUUUUGAUUACGAAGCGAUGCAAGAAACAGGCAAACACGUAGCUAAUUUAGUUAUAUCUCACGAUUUUAGCGGAAAUAUUAAUUCUUUUAAGACUAACGAAGAUUUCUGUAAAUGGUUAAUUUCUAGAGAUCAUCGAGGACACACAGCUAUUGCACAUUAUUCUAAAGGUUAUGAUUCUUACUUUAUUCUAAAAUAUUGCGUUGAAAACGGUAUUCAACCUUUCUGCGUAUAUAAUGGAUCUAAAAUAAUGUUAAUGGAAAUAAAAUCAAUUAAUUUAAGAAUUAUUGAUAGUAGUAAUUUUGUUCAAGGACCUUUAAAAAACUUCCCUAAAACAUUCGGUCUAAAAGAACUUAAAAAAGGUUAUUUUCCACAUUUCUUCAAUACAACGGAAAAUCAGAACUAUAUUGGAAAAAUACCUGAUACAAAAUACUAUGGUGUUAAUUCUAUGAAACCAAAAGAAAGGGAAGAGUUUUUAGAAUGGCAUAAACAAAAAAGAAAAGAAAAUUAUUUGUUUGAUUUUAAAAAAGAACUUUAUGAUUAUUGUAAUUCUGAUGUUGAUAUAUUAAGAAGAGGAUGUCUUGAAUUAAGAAAUCAGUUUCUAGAAAUUGCUAGUAUAGAUCCUUUUAGAUAUAUUACUAUUGCAGGUGUUUGCUUGGCGAUAUAUAGAUCAAAAUAUAUUAAGAAAGAUACAAUAGCUGUUGUUGAUAAUCUAAAAAAAGAUCAAUAUUCUCAACAAUCAAUUUCAUGGUUAAAUAGUUUUCAUAAUCCAAAUAUAAAACACGCAUUAAACAAUGGUGAAGCGUGGCAAAGCCACUCCAGAGCCAAAGGCGAAGUGAAAAUAUGUGGGUCAAAAGUUGACGGGUUUGAUGAAAAAUCCAAUACUGUUUACCAAUAUCACGGUUGUUUUUGGCACGGUUGUACAAAAUGUUAUAGUUCAGAUUUUAUUAAUAAUAAGAAUAAAACAACUAUGGAAGAUCUUUAUGAGAAAACAAUAGAAAGAAGCGAGCAAUUAAAAAAAGCUGGUUAUAACUUAAUAGAAAUGUGGGAAUGUGAGUGGACGAAGUCAAAAGAAUAUAAGAAAGAAAUGAAACAAAUUGAAGAAGAAAUUAAGGAAUUGUAAGAACUUAAUCCUAGAAACGCAUUCUUUGGAGGAAGAACGAAUGCAACAAAAUUGCGCGUUAAGGGAAAGAAAAUGAAAUAUAUAGAUAUUUGCAGUUUAUAUCCAACAGUACAAUGUUACGAUGAUUAUCCAGUUGGACAUCCUACUAAAAUAUUCAAACCUCGUACGUAUAAUACAGAUUGGUAUGGUUUAAUAAAAUGUGCAAUUUUACUGCCAAGAGGAUUGUAUCACCCCGUUUUACCUGUUAAGAAUAAAACCAAAUCUAGUGAUGAAAAACUAACAUUUCCAUUAUGUCAAUUGUGCGCAAAAUUAAAUAAUCAAAAAGAUAAAUGUUCUCAUACGGAAUCUCAAAGAAUUAUCAGAGGAACCUGGUGUACCAACGAAGUAGAAAAAGCAAUUGAAAAAGGCUAUAAAAUAAUAAGUAUUGAUGAAGUUUGGCAUUUUGAAAAAAAAUCGAGUUAUUUGUUUAAAGGAUAUGUAAAAGCAUUUAUGAAAAUAAAGUUAGAGACAAGUGAAUGGAGAAAUGAUUUUGAAUCAGAAGAAGAAUAUAGAAAAGCUGUAAAAGAAAAUCUAGGUAUUGAAUUGGGUAAAAUAGAAAAUAACCCUGGAAAGAGGGCUGUUGCUAAAAUAUGCUUAAAUUCCUUAUGGGGUAAAUUUGGACAAAGACAAAAUAUGGGUGCAACAGAAUAUGUUACAGAUGUUAAAAGAUUUUAUGAAAUUUUAUUAGAUGACAGACUUGAUAAUAUACAUAUCAAUGAAAUAAAUGAAAAUAUGUUACAAAUUGAUUACAAGUAUAAAGAUUGCUAUGUAGAAAAUAAUUUCAAUACCAAUAUAUUCAUAGCUGCUUUUACAACUGCAAAUGCUAGACUAAGAUUGUACGAAAUGUUAGACAUAUUAGGAGAAAGUGUAGUAUAUUAUGAUACAGAUAGCAUUGUAUAUAUAGAUGAUGGAAAAAACACUGUUAAAACAGGCUGUCUAUUGGGAGAUUGGACAGACGAAUUAGGUAAAGGCGUAUGGAUAAUAGACUGGAUAUCAACAGGCCCAAAAAGUUAUUGUUAUAAGACUAAUACAGGUAAAGUUGUUUGUAGAAUAAAAGGAUUUACGUUAAAUUAUGAAACGUCCGAAAAGAUUAAUUCCGAUAGUAUAAAUAAUAUUUUAGAAUACAAAGACAAAAAAAUCAGUACACAAUAUAAUCGAAUUACCAGAGAUACCAAAACUAAAGAACUUUUAAAUAAAAUAGAAACAAAGGAAUUUGGUUUUGUUUAUGACAAGAGAGUUAUCCUGGAAAACUUUGAUACAAUACCGUUUGGAUAUGAACACAGAUAUUAAUCCUUUGUUGAUGUAAAUGUCUAAAAAUUGCAUGCAAGAGUGUUAAAUUGGUUGCCUACCUCGGAAAGUUGGUUGUGCGUAUGCGCAAAAUGCAAAAUGUGUGUUGUGGUAUUUUGACAUUUUAUGUUGGUUAUUUGAAGCCAAAACAAUUUAAUAUUUCGGAAUUUUAAGAUAGAUAAAAGAUAAAAUGGAUAUACAAAAGCUAUUAGUAGAUUAUCGUGAAGCGCAGAACACACGUCGAAUUAAGAAAAUUAAUAAGAAAAUAAUGGGAGAUUUUGUUGAAUACAAGGUGGUUUACCAAAAUGGUACAGGCCCGUUGGUACAAGAGGUUAAGAUGAAAAUAUAUCUCAAAUUUAAUAAAUUUAUCACUUUCCGCAAGAACAAUGCUCGCAUUAAUUAUUUGGAAGAAGAUUUUUUGUUUAAUGAUAAACUUCCAUGCGAUACACAAUUAAAAAUAAUAUGUGAAGACGGGAAUGAAGAUAUAUCCUUAACUUUCAAUAACAAAGGGGAGAAAGAUGAAUGUGUUCAAAUGUUGAUUUAUUACCUAGGACUAAGCAACCGGUCCACCCCGGACAUAAACUAAAGUUACUUAUAUUAUAAAUAUAAAAAUAAAGUAAUAAAACAUUUAAUAACAA